AUGACUAUAAAUUUUGUCAUUUGUAAUGCCAGUUUAGAGCUAUAUUUUGGAAGUAAAAAAUACAAUCAAACGAAGUUGACUCUUCUACAGGAACACAUCCACAACACUAGAAGCUUAAAUGAUGUCGAUUUCUUGAAUGACGACCAGGACGAGGAGCCUGCUCAAACAAAUCGCAAAAGACCCAGUUCCGCUCGGAGAGACUGGUCCGAAGUUAGGCCUGAUAUCGUUCACUUUUGCCUUCUCGCCCUCCACGACUCCAUUCUGAACAAGGAGGGCAGGAUCCAGGUGUACGUUCAAACGCUCGACGGCAAGCUGUUUAAAGUGGCCAGGGACUUCAGGGUGCCUCGCACCUUCAAGGUGUUCAACAAGGUGUUCGCAAACUACCUGCACAGCAAGUCCCGGAGCCUGACCACUGAGAGCGGCGAGGUCCUCGUGGAGCUGCUCGAACAGCCCCUCGACUCCCUGAUUCCCGAGGGCGCCAGGAGGGUCGCUGUUGACAACAAGUGCCCGAAUUCUAACUUAUCCGCGCUCAUUUCUGACUUGAAGCCGGUUAUUGAUGACAGCUGGUUCUUCGUUUCAGUCUCCCCUUCUCGUCCACUCGACUCAAUUUGCCCGUCCGGUGUCGUUGACGUCUCCAAGGUCCACAAGCGCAUUCUUUCUAGAGACGCUGUGAAGAAGUCGCCUGCUGACGCGAACCACUUGGAGUCUCUGGAGCAGUCGUUUUUAAACUAUAAGCGCGAGUUUAAGCAGAGUUGCAAGUAUGACCACUGCAUUGCGAUCAAGGAGUACAACCUCAGCUGCCUCGCCAACUGCUUCACCCUGAUCUGCUCUCUCGAGAGUGCCCUGGACUACUAA